AUGAAUCAAAUAAUUGCUGGCCAUUUUGUUGGGUUGCUACCAUGGUUCUUACUACUGGUGCUCGGCGUUGUUCUCUACGCCUGGAAUAGGAGACAGCCGGGCCAGAGUAUCAGAGGCAAACAAGAUGUGCAGCCAGUUGCAUAUGUGGAAAAGAAUCCUUCUGUGAAGGAGCACUCUGAAGCAGCAUACUACUCCAUCGAGCCCCUCUCAGACUUCGAUCUUGAGACGACGGAACCACUCCAGCUGCGGCCAUUCAAACCAAAGUAUCAUAUGACCAUGGCCCUUGAAAACACGACACUUUCCGACCUCGUCGCCAUGGACAACACCUACUUGGAGCGUCUCGACAUUCGUCGCCAAAUCAUCCAGGACCAGCGACCAGAGGUCAUAGCCUGCAAACCGCAAGCCAUUUCCGCAGUCAUGGAACUAUACGAAUGGGCCAUAGGAACCUACCUACCCCGUCGCUUCCCUUCCAUCUAUAGCAUCGUCCACCUUCCCCCCAGCGAAGACACAGCAUCAACAACCUACCUAAAAAACCAUGCCACAAACACCCUAAUUCCCCUCCAUGUCACCUCUCCAGACCUCGCCCUUCAAAUCCUCGGCGAAAACAUCGACACCGAAUUUCUCUUACUCCAAAAACAAGACAACCCAUCUUCCCAAGCAACAGAACCAUACCGCCUAACAGCUUUCAUAAACUGCUUCCCCGCCGGCUUCUCCACCCUCUCCAAACUUGGUCUCUCCCUCGCCGCCAUCCACGCCCCAGUCCCACACUACGCCGAGAAGCUAGAAAAGAGCAUGGACCGCUACUUCUCCGCGCUUCCCGUUGGCAAAAUCGUAAAGCGCGUGAAUUGGAGCAUUAGUACCACGGGAGACUUGUUUUGUCUCGCGGGGGCGCAUAUGAGUGAGAGUGAGCUGGAGAUGCCGCAGGAGCGCGAGAAACAGGAGGAGAAUGUGGAUUUGGGUAAGACAGUUGUGAGGUGUGAGAGACAGACGCUGCAUCGGUUGCCGAGGACGGGGGCAUUGGUGUUUGGGUUUAAGACGUAUAUCUAUCCCAUCCAACAAAUGAGAAACGAAGGAAACGGACUUGUACUCGCCGAAGCAAUCGACGGCCUAGGUCGCGGCACAGUACCCAAAAUCACAGUAUACAAGCGCCAAAUAGUCUGGGGCGAAAAGGUAAAGGCCUUCUUGAGGGGAGAAAUCAACGCUUGA